GACGGGUCUGGUGUUCACCGCGAGUCGCUGCUGCGGUCGCUCGUGGCUGACGAGCUCCGCAGGGCUGCGCUGAUCCGACGCAGCGGCGUUCGGGUACCGCUCACACGUGAUUACUUCUCGGUGGGUUUCGGCGUCGUUUGGGUGCCGCAGAACCGGAGGGCGGGAGGAGGAAGCGUGGAGGGCAUCGUUCCGGUGGAGACCGAGUUGGGCAGCGGAGGCCUCGCUCGCCCGCCCUUCGCCUGCGUUUUGAAACCCUUCGGGGCGACGGCGUCCUCCGAGCACCUUCGCAGGAAACACAGACUGACAAGAACUCAAAGUGCCUUUUCCCCGGUUGUGUUCAGCCCCCUCUUCACAGGUGAAACGGUGUCACUGGUGGACGUGGACAUCUCUCAGCGAGGACUGACCUCCCCGCACCCUCCGACUCCGCCGCCUCCGCCACGGAGAAGCCUCAGCCUGCUGGGUACCGAUAAUAUCGGUGGGCCGCUGCCUGCAUCUGUCCUAGUGGGUCCCAUGGGCUCCUCCCUGCAGUCCUUCCCUCUGCCUCCGCCUCCGCCGCCCCCCCCCCCAGGUCAGCUUCGCUUUGGCAGCACGGCUCUGGCUUUCCCUUCAGGGCUUUGGGGGUUUGCUUGCUGCUUCGCGGCCAGCUUGCGAGAGCUGGAGAAGUGCGGGUGGUACUGGGGACCGAUGAACUGGGAGGACGCAGAGAUGAAGCUGAAGGGGAAGCCAGACGGGUCCUUCCUGGUCCGAGACAGUUCUGACCCGCGAUACAUCCUGAGCCUCAGCUUUCGGUCGCAGGGCAUCACCCACCACACCAGGAUGGAGCACUACAGAGGGACCUUCAGCCUGUGGUGCCAUCCCAAGUUUGAAGACCGCUGCCAGUCUGUGGUGGAGUUCAUAAAGAGAGCGAUCAUGCACUCCAAAAACGGGAAGUUCCUUUACUUCCUCCGGUCCAGGGUUCCAGGUCUCCCUCCAACGCCUGUCCAGCUCCUGUAUCCAGUCUCCAGGUUCAGCAACGUCAAAUCCCUGCAGCACCUUUGCCGCUUUCGGAUCAGGCAGUUGGUCCGAAUAGACCACAUCCCCGAGCUCCCGCUGCCCAAGCCCCUGAUCUCCUACAUCCGCAAGUUCUACUACUACGACCCGCAGGAGGAGGUGUAUCUGUCGCUGAAGGAAGCCCAGCUCAUCUCCAAACAGAAGCAGGAGAGCGAAUCCUCCACGUAGCGAGGCUGCCUCGCCCGUCUUGUUGCUGUCACUGAUG